AUGUCAAAUCAAUCUGAGCUGCCUCCGAUUUAUUCGUUCCCACCUUUGUACACUAGACAGCCUAACGGACUCAUAAGAAGGCAGCAGAUAAAUUCAUGGAUUGAGAUAAUCUUACAAUACUGCAUAUCGCAGAAAUGCUGGCGUAUGACCGCCGAGGGCAUGCCAGUGGGCGAACCUGAUGUAACCAAGCAGAGCAUUUUCAACAAUAGCAGCAUUCAAAGGGUGGUGCCGCAGGUCUUCGUGGAUGAGAUCUGGUCCCAGAUGUGCGAAGAAGGAAAGGCUCUUGGUGUGCAAGAUGGAAAGAGGGAUUCGUCUCAGUUUUACAUUCUAUGGAGAAACCUGGAUUCUUGGGCGUCUUUGAUACUGCAGUGGUUUGAGAGUUCCGGCAGCUUGAAUCAAGUAAUCACCAUAUAUGAACUGUCACAAGGGGACGGAACCGCUGACUGGGAGUUUCACGGUAUGCCAGAAGCACUUGUUGCACACUGUUUGAAGCCUCUAUGCCAAAGAAACAGGGCUACACUGAUAAAGGAUGAGAGGGGGAUUGCAGUGGCGACCAAAGUGGUAUGA